AUGCUCCUCAACAAGUCCGUCAGCGCGCGCGCCGUCCGCGGCGCUGCGUCGCGCCGCAGCGUGCGCGUCGAGGCCGCCGCCGCCCGCCGCAGCUGGGCGCCCGGGGUCGCCGCCCCCGCGCACCUGACCGGCGAGCUGUCUGGUGACUUUGGCUUCGAUCCCCUCAACCUGGGCAAGGACCCCGCCGCCCUGCGGUGGUACGUGCAGUCCGAGCUGGUCCACGGCCGGACUGCCAUGGCCGCCGUCGCCGGCAUCCUGAUCCCCGGGAUCCUCACCAAGGCCGGCGUGCUCAACGUGCCCGAGUGGUACGACGCCACCGACGCUGCCCUCGCCGCCAACGGCAUCCCCGUCAAGGCCCUCUUCAUGGUGGAGCUCUUCCUCUGCGGCUUUGUGGAGGCCAAGCGCUGGGUCGACUUUGUCAAGCCCGGCAGCCAGGGCGAGCCUGGCAGCUUCCUGGGCUUUGAGUCCAGCCUCAAGGGCGUCAAGAACGGCUACCCGGGCGGCGUGUUCGACCCCCUCGGCCUCACCAAGGAGUCCCCCGAGAAGACCAAGGACUGGGAGGAGAAGGAGCUGCGCAACGGCCGCCUGGCCAUGGUGGCGUUCGCCGGCUUCCUGGCGCAGCACGCGGCCACCGGCAAGGGGCCCAUCGACAACCUGCUGGACCACCUGGCCUCUCCCCUCACCACCACCAUCUGGGACAACGGCGUCAGGGGGCCCAUCACGGCAUGGGGGCUGUCGUAA